CCGCACCAAGCCAAGAGGGAGGAGGUAAGAAAAAAAAAAAAAGAAGGCACCUCAAGGCUCACACUCAAAAAAUCCAACGCCCGCGCCCGCGCCCUCAGGUCGUCUCCCCAAAAGUUACUGAUUGCGCACCGCGCCUAAAGGCCCCCGCCCAUUUAUAAAAACAAGCCCCAUCCCCUCCACGCACGCGCUCCCCCAUCACCCUCUCGUUCCGGAUCUCUUCAUCUCUUGCCUCUCUCAGUCACCACAACGCGUCGAUUUAAUUCUCGCAACUUUUCUCAAAGUACACCCGUCUUCAAACCGACUUCAAUCGACAUUUCGAUUGGAUCCUGCUUCAUAGCAAACCUUUCCGCUUCACGCAUCCACACAACCCCCCAAAACAAUCACAAUGCCUCCCAAGAAGACCGAGGGCGCCGCUGCUGCCCCCAGCAAGAAGUCCACCCACGCCAGCUACCAGGACAUGAUCACUGAUGCCAUCGUUGCUCUCAAGGACCGUAACGGAUCUUCCCGCCAGUCCCUGAAGAAGUACGUCAAGGCCAACAACCAGAUCAACACCGUCAGCGACAACAUGUUCGACUCUCUCUUCAACAAGGCCCUCCGCGCCGGUGUUGAGAAGGGUGUCUUCGAGCAGCCCAAGGGUACGUCACCGCCUCUGUCGGUACAACCUUGAAGCAAUACUAAUAUUCCUCAAGGUCCCUCCGGUGGUACCAAGCUCGCCAAGAAGGCGCCUAAGCCCGCUGAGAAGAAGGCCCCCGCAAAGAAGGAGGCCAAGGAGCCUAAGGAGAAGAAGGCUGCUGCGAAGAAGGAAACCAAGGAGCCCAAGGAGAAGAAGGCUGCCGCUCCCAAGAAGGCCGCCGCCAAGAAGGAGACCAAGGAAGCCAAGGAGCCCAAGGAGAAGAAGGCCGCUGCCCCCAAGAAGGCUGCUGCUGAGAAGAAGACCAAGGAGGCAAAGGAGCCCAAGGAGAAGAAG